AUGUUGCAAGUCUUCGGAUUGGAUGAGCUGCGCUCUGCUGUCGAUUCCACCUCUUCAGUGAUCAUGGAUCGGCCGGUCGGUGAUCUUGUUGACUGGAACUUCUGCAAACCAGCCGAGCCCAAAGCAGUGGAGUAUUGGAUUCAACGGUCGUCUUUCCACGACCAAGUCCGCAAAACCGCACGCCAAAAGAAGCUUAAAAAGGCCGCAGAUCCUUCGUCGUCAACAGCUACGGUCUCGCUGACCGAUGGCUUGAAUCAGCUCUGCCAGCAGCUGUUUCGGAACCAGCUUUGA